AUGUGCCAUACCGUAAUCGCCCAGCGGAUGUGCAAGGAUUGCCGCCAUAGCCUUGGUGAGACGGUUAUCGACUUCACCCGCUGCGCUCGUAAAUGCUCGAGCCCGUUCUACUGCCUUACCCCUGAGCCUCAGAUGGAGCUAUGUAACCUAUGUACCGCGACGGCGACACUAUCUACACCGGUACUCGCACAACAUGCUCUCGAGGAUACUACGACUGCGGCUGCCGCAGCCGCAGCUGCAGCUUCAGCUGGUGCAAGGCUCUACGAUCACUCUAUCGCAAAGGCUGCAGCAUAUCCGGGACCUGGAGUAGCCCGUCACACUGCGGCUCAUUAA